AAAAAAUCAAAAAAAAAUAUGCGAAGGGACAAAGCUAUGGCCUGGUAUAGCAAUACCCAGGGAUAAAAUUGAGGACUACGUUUGUAUGGAGAAGUGGUCAUCCUCUUUCCUGUUAAUUAGUUCAUGGGUACGUACGUACCUAUUUAUUAUUUCUCGUGUGUUUUGAGUUUACGAUUUGGUGACAGGUACUAUGAUUUAGGGCAAUUAUGAACGAGGCUUAACUUGAAUCAGAGGUUAUGAUUAUAGCGCGACGUAGUCGAUCGGCAGGCACCGCGGCGGCGGGCCGUUUCGCUGGCACAUUCACCGAGGUAAAACUUUCUUUAUAAAACACUUGCGCCGCUCUCGAUAUCGCAUUUUUUUCCCUUUUAGCAAGCAAUGCAUGAAACACACGCUCCGCGCUGUGUGUUGACAGCGCCAAUUCAUUGUAGGAAGACAUUAGAAAAUUAGAGAUGGAACCUGUUAAAACUGUCUUACAUUAAUUGCACCAUUUACUCGUAUUAACCUAUUUUUUUUCCAUUUCAAUAUUUUAAUCUUUAGUACCCAGGAAAUUUUGUCGGCUUAUUCAUUUAAGUCUUUUAAUAAAAUUUGUCACAUAUAGUGCAAAACCGACGAAGUCCCCCUGUUCUACAAAGGCACGGAGCACAGACGUAAAAUUUUCCGUAGGUAAUUAUCAGUAACAGGGAAAACAGACUUAUCUUUACUUCUUCCGAAACCGAUAAAUAUAGAUACCUAUAUCCAUCACAAGAAUCUUAGUAGGUAUUCGUCCUUCAGCUAAAACUAUGUGUAAUUUGCAAGUAAUAAUUUGGUCGUGAAAUCGAAGGUAAAUGGUUCAACAACAUGCGUAUCGAGCGGGCCGCGCCGACCGCGCCGACAAAGGUGCCGGCGACGAGCGCUCAUUGUCCACGACUAUCGGUAAUUAACUUUACCGUGCUGCAGUAUUUCGACAAAGAAACGUGUUGUUUCCUAUUCCAUUGUUUGUUUUUUUGUUUAUUUUUCCUUAUUUUAAAACUUAUGGUCUUUAAUAGGGUUAUUAGAUGUUUUAUUUGUUUUAUAUUAUUUUCUAGAAAUAAAAAAAAACACGCUCCGCACCAGUCUUUCUUCGCAUUAAUGUUUUAGUUUAGUUAACUUAUUUAUUUACAUUUUGUGUCUGAUAGGUACUAAAGUAUGUCCUACCUGCGUAUUUACUUGCUUGCUCAACUACACCUAAAAACAAUUAAAAUGAAAUACUUUAGAUCAAAAUGUCCAAUAUGUCCAUAGAUAUGUAUAAAGUUUUAAUUGUGUAUUUAUUUACCUAAUUUCUUUUUACUGACGACGAAUAGCUGCGCAUUUUUUAAAAGUUGCAGAGUGACCGCUAUGAAUUGCGCUAAGCUUCGUCUCCACGAGAGACUAAAGCCUAGGGCUCGCCCAGGAAGAGUCGCAGCUUCGGGGCCCGAUCGUCCGCGACGGAUCUGCCAGAAGCGCCUGGUCAACCCCGCGCACGAAGAGGACCCGCGGUGGACAGACGUGCUCGAUAGAUUCUAUUGCAAUCCAAGUACCGAUGCUGCUGAAAGUACUGUUGAUAACAUUCACAGGCAACCGGAUGAAGAUUUAUUUCUCUCCGUUCAAAACAUUAAAUUUGAUGGCGAUAUUAAUGAAACAAAACGACCUAAAACUUGUUUCAAAUAUAAAUCAAUUAAAGAUGGUCAAAAGCAUCGAAUGUUUGUAAAACAGGUUGUCGAAGAAAAAGAAGAGUACAUCGAAGACUGUGCGUCGUUACUUACUUGCUAUUACUUCGAUGACUACAUCAAGUACAUACUUAAUCCUGAACAAAAUGCAUCUUCAUCUGACAAAUCUAGCACUUUAUAUUGCGCGAAUAAUAAUAUCAGGCAAAAUAAAUUACUACAAUUUAAAUCAAAACAAGGCACCGAUGUUAAAAAAUGCAAUCAAAUUAAUAACAACCUUCCAAUUAAAUGUACCGCCAAGGAUAUAAAGGAACUAAAACAAGGGCUGCCUGACCUAGCGUUAGAGGAUACAAAGGUGGAAUAUCACAAGUCAGGGAAGCGCAAAUGUCUCACGAUAUCGCGAACUCAGAGCCCUGAGACCGUGCAGGUGAUCCGCGUGGACGUGGUGUGCCACCCGCGGGCCGCGCCCGGUGACAUGCCCGCGCCUGAUGGCUCCAAACAAACCCACUUCGACAACGAAGGUUCAUUUCACCCUAAACUUAUAACCAAUAUGAAAACAAGCCAUUUCUCUAAUAAAUAUCUGCUAACGAACACGACAAAAACUCUAGAUGCAAAUGUCUCAGGGGGAGCCAAAGUUACUCUACUUUGUAAAACAUUUAGACUCUCGAGCAGGACUAAACCCAACAACGAGAAAGCUUUUAUUAAGAAUAAAUAAUACUUACUUAAAAAUAAAAUGUAAAUAAAAUCUUCCAGAUGUAGCAAUGUAAUGAGUUUUAGCUUUACUACUAGGUAUUAAAUGAUAAAAUAUUUUUUCGAUGAGAUUAGAUGAUCUUUGAAAUAUUAAAUUAUUUGUAGAUGAUAUCUCCAAUUAUCCAUUACAGUAAUAAGAAUAAAUAAAUAUAUUUUAAAGCUGUAGGUAUCAUACAAAUCCAAUAAACCACUUAUCAUACUACCCUC